ACUACCACAACAAACCUCAACCUAUCUCUCAUGAAGUCAUGAGUCCCACCAUUUCACCUGUCCUGGUUUUCCUCCUCCUAUCACUUCAUCAGAGCAUAUGCUCCAGUGCUCAUGAUGCUGCAAGUGCAAGCAGCUUCUCCUCCUGCCUUGCCACCCAUGGUGUCAGCAACUUCUCCCUCCCUGCAUCACCAAGCUACAAUACCACCCUCAACUUCUCCAUCAGAAAUCUCCGGUUCACGCUCCCCGAUGUCACCAGGCCGGCAGCCAUCGUCCUUCCCUGGUCAAAGGAGGAUCUCCGGCGAGCCAUACUAUGUGCACGCAACAGUUCGCUGGCGAUCCGUGUACGCAGCGGCGGGCACAGCUACGAGGGCUUGUCAUACACCACGGAGAACCAUGUCCCCUUCGUUGUGAUCGACCUCAUGAACCUGAACCGUGUCCAGGUUGACUCGGUCUCGGCCACAGCCUGGGCCGAGGCCGGUGCGACUCUAGGUGAGCUCUACUACGCCGUGGGACGGUCGAGCCAGUCCUUGGCCUUCUCAGGCGGGUCGUGUUCCACCAUCGGCUUAGGUGGUGUCAUCUCCGGUGGCGGCUUUGGGUUGCUGUCACGGAAAUUUGGGCUCGCCGCUGAUAACGUAUUGGAUGCGGUGCUCGUUGACCCGAAUGGAAGAGUCCUUGACCGGAAUUCGAUGGGCGAAGACAUCUUUUGGGCAAUUUGCGGUGGCGGUGGCGGGAGCUGGGGUGUGGUGUAUGCUUGGAAGCUCCGGCUCGUGCCGGUUCCUCACAACGUCACCGUAUUCAUCGUUGACCGUACUGGACCGGUCGAGUACGUAGCUGGGUUGGUUCAUUGGUGGCAGCAUGUAGGGCCCAAUCUACCUGACGAGUUCUAUCUCUCAGUGUAUUUUCCUACUGGAUCAUCAGAUGGUAAUGUCUCUGUCUCAUUUGAGGGCCAGGUUUUAGGAACAAAACAACAAACCCUGUCAGUGUUGAGCCAAAGCUUUCCAAUGUUAGGUGUCACUGAGUCUGACCUAAGUGAGAUGAGUUGGGUCGAGUCAACAGCCAAGUUCGCCAAUGUUGGCACAGUCUCUGACCUAUCGAAUCGGUCGCCUGGAACAAACUCAUACACUAAGAGUAAGUCUGAUUAUGUGAAGGCACCAAUCUCGAGGCAUGACAUGGUUGAGAUCGCCCGAUACCUAUCAGCUGGACCACCAGGGUCCAUCAUACUUGACCCUUAUGGAGGUGCCAUGGCUCGAAUCGGGAGUGACGCGACACCAUUCCCACAUCGAGCUGGCAUCCUCUACAGUAUUCAGUAUACUGUAUAUUGGGGACAAUCGGAUCAAGCUAGGGCUAAUGAGUACAUCAUAUGGCUCCGAUCGUUGUACACAUACAUGACCCCCCAUGUGUCAAAGGAUCCCCGUGGUGCGUAUGUCAACUACCUAGAUCUAGACUUGGGCGCCAACAACUGGACGCACCCCAUAGGUGGAUCAUCUAUGGAAGCAGUGGCGCGUGCGAGAUCUUCUUGGGGUGCAGCAUAUUUUGGGAACAAUUUCAAUCGGUUGGUCAGCACCAAGACGACAAUUGAUCCAAGCAAUGUGUUCAAUAACGCUCAAAGCAUUCCCCCUUUGAAUUAGUUCUAGUGAAAAUGUCAAAUAGAAAUGAAACUGGCUGUGUUCGGCAGCAAUGGAUUGGGAGAAUAACUGCUAUGUUUUUUUACAAGAAUUUUUUUAUAAGAAAGCUGCUUUAAAAAUUAUAUUACUCCAUUUUUAAGUUUUAAAUAAUUAAUAUUUAAUUAAUUAUACGCUAAUGGCUUAUAUUGUUCUACGUAUCUCUUCAAUCUUUUCCAACUGCAAAAUUUCUUUUGAGAAUAUGCAGUAUCUUUCACUUGUUCUGGUCCCAACUCGAAGAGAAAAACUUCAGUCCAAUGUUGUGGGCUUGUGGCUGGCUGAUGUUUGCUUCUACUGUAGCACAACAGUGGUAGGUGUAUGGUGGUGAUAGGCGCAGGUGAACAGUGGAAUCUUACACACGAAGCAUCGGAUCUGACCAAAAUGGAAUCUCCCGUUGUUGUUGCGACCCUGAUGGCGACUUAAUCCAUCAGAUAAUCAAGGAGUGGUAGUCCUCAAAAAAAUAAUCAGGGGUGGUUGUAGCUAGUGCCGUUUGGCUUGGAGCCAUUUAUAUAUAGUAUUACUGUAAUUUUCGCUCAUUUCGUCAGGCUUUGAGCGCUAAGAUGGCUUGACAUGGGCACAUGCAUUGGCUGUA